CCCCCGGUCGCUAAACCGGCUCAUUUACCUUAUUUCCAUACGGAUAAACCCACUAUAAAGCCAUUUUAUAACCUACACCACUGCUAUCAGUACGCGUAAACAGUUGCAUCCAUAUAGCAGAGCAGACAGCAGAGUUGAAAUACUAUAAAUCUAAAAUGGAAGGAAACACAGACACUCCUAAUGAUUUCCCCAUAGAAAAUCUACCAUACGGAGUCUUUACCGGCCCUCUGAAUGAAACUGUGAAACAUAUUGGUGUUGCAUAUGGAAACAUUGUUAUAGAUUUAAAUCACAUCGCUAAAUUCUUUGACGGGCCGCUUCUAAAGGAUCAACAACAUGUUUUUAAGCAAGAGAGCCUCAACGCUUUCAUGGGCCUUACCAGAGCACACUGGGUGGAAGCGAGGGAAACUAUCCAGAGACUUAUCAGGACUAAUGAGUUAUUUACAGCUUCUCACGACAAACGGCCCACCGUUCAGAUGAGGUUCGUUAAGAUGCACGUACCCGUGGAUAUUGGGGACUACACCGACUUCUAUUCUUCCAUCCACCACGCGACCAACGUGGGCAUCAUGUUCCGCAGCAAGGAGAACGCGCUUAUGCCCAACUGGAAAUAUCUUCCGGUGGGUUAUCACGGACGGGCAAGCUCCAUCGUUGUUUCAGGAACACCUAUAACUAGGCCUUAUGGACAAACAUUGCCUGUUGAAGGAGCCGCUCCGCACUUCGGUCCGUGUCGUCUCAUGGACUUCGAGCUGGAGAUGGGGUGCUUCGUCGGCGGUCCGCCCACCGCCUUGGGUCAGCGCGUUACUGCUCAGGAAGCUGAGGACAGGAUCUUCGGAUUCGUGCUGAUGAAUGACUGGAGUGCACGUGACAUCCAAAAAUGGGAGUACGUGCCUCUAGGGCCUUUCACGUCGAAGAACCUCGGCACCUCCAUAUCGCCGUGGAUAGUCACGGUGGAUGCGCUCCGACCUUUCAUCUGCGAUAACUUCCCGCAGGACCCAGAGCCCUUCCCGUAUCUCAAGCAUAAUGAUAACUUCAACUUUGAUAUCAAGCUUGAAGUGGAUUUGAAGCCGGAGGACUCCUCGGCUUACACAACGAUUUGCCGAUCCAACUUCAAGUAUAUGUACUGGACGGUAAAGCAGCAGUUAGCACAGCAGACCAUCACUGGCUGCAACUUGAAGCCCGGAGACUUGCUCGGCUCUGGAACCAUCAGUGGGGAAACUCCAGACUCUUACGGAAGCAUGUUAGAGCUCUCCUGGAAGGGCACCAAGCCGCUCCGCUUGCUGAACGGGCAGGAGCGCAAAUUCCUUCAAGACGGCGACACGGUCGUACUUCGCGGGUAUUGCGACAACGGAGAGCUACGCAUCGGCUUUGGCAGCUGUGAGGGAAAACUGCUGCCUGCUGUGCCUUUUACCCAAUAAAACUACCUCAUACUUGCCUAUAUGCUUUACUUCGUUUGGGGCCAAUGUUUGGAUCAUCAGUUGAUUUUUGUUUUUAUUCUCUUUUUGAAUAUUGUGCCAUUUUA